CUUUCUAAAGCAGAGGAAGUUCCAGGGGUUGGGAUUAAGUGUCAGAUCGUGGUCACUGGAAAAACUCGCUUAAGGCAGGGGAAGGCAGCCCGCGCACACAGAGGUGCAGAGCUCCCAAGCCGCAGGCCGACCUGCCCCGGGCACAGCCGCGCUCAGGGCGAAGCGACGCGCCAGGAAGAGCCCGCGGCUGUCCCGCUGCCCCGCUGCUCUGCUGGUGGCCGGGAGAAGUUAGUCACCCAGAGCCCGAAUUCGGCUAGCGGUAGAGCUCAAAAAGUCUGGGGAAUAAAGAGGCAGGAAACAGUGUACCCGGAGGGUUGGGAAGAAGCAAAGGAGCGCUGGCCUAGGGACGCCCUGGAAGCGGACAGCCGUCUGUGGCUGGUGGGUGGAGUGGGGAGGUCUGCGCAGCAGAGCGCACCAGCAAGCAGAAGGGAAAAAACUUGAGGCAGGAACUUCCGCACGGGCAAGGAAAGCAAGCGAGAAGAAGGCAGGGAGAGACCUAAAAUGUCUCAAUAACGCUAAAUGCACACCAAAACAUCCCCUCAGGAGAUGAGGAUGGCAUGCCGCUAUAAAUUCAUUGUUCCACCUCCUCGCAUCUUCACAGCGCUCGCGCUGCUCUCGGCGCUCGCAGCGGCGGACUGGGGAUGACCGCGGGCAGGAGGACGCCGCCGCCGGAGGGACACGGACGGACGCGCCUCUUCUCCAGCUCGCCGCCGCAGGCCACCCCCUGCUUCUUUGCUUUAAUUUUUAUGGCCUUUUUCCGUCUCUUUCUUCCUUUCCUCCUGCUUCCAGCAGAGCUAAAGAAACCCACUAAAUAAGGAAGGAAGUGGGCCCCAGAGCUGGGAAACUCCACAGUCGCCCAGUCCCGGAGCGCGGGGCCUGGAGGCGGUGCGCACUAGUUGCCCGCCGGCUGCGCGAUUCCUUCUCUACUUUUCUUGGUGCGAGAAUCGCGACUGAAUUUUGCUUUUCUCCUUUUCCUGCUUUUGCUCAAUCUCCACCACCCGGCAAUUGUCAUUCUUUAUUUUUUCCCCCCUCUUUCUUUUUUUCCCCCUCCCCCUUUUUCUCUAUUUCCUCUCUUUCCGAACCACAAAUCCAAACAUUUUCCAAACCAACAAAGAAAAGUUCGCAUGCUGGCAUCGCGGCCGACAGGCUGGCCCUGCUGCGUUCCCCCUCCCUCUCGCUCCGACACCUGACUCAGCCUCCAAGCGACCGUGUGGAUGCCCCCUUUCCGCCCCGGCCACUUCCCUAGCGAAUAACACUUUCCCAUAAAGUCUGGGUGGUGCAGCCCCUCCCCGCGGGCCGCGCACUAUGCUGCUCUGGUGGGCGUCCCUGCUGCUGUGCGCGCUCCGCCUGCCCCAGGCCGCGGCACCUGCCCAGGAUAAAGCCGGGCCGCCUCUGGCUGCUGCAGCGGCCGCCCAGCCCCGCCGGCCGCAGGGGGAGGAGGCGCUCUCGCGGGUCGAGCCUCCGGGCCACCCGCACGCCCUGGCUCUGCAGCACAGGGCCCGUGGGCUGGUGCAGAAUGUCGACCAGCUCUAUUCUGGAGGCGGCAAGGUGGGCUACCUAGUCUACGCGGGCGGCCGAAGAUUCCUCUUAGACUUGGAGAGGGAUGGCUCGGUGGGCGCUACUGGCUUUCCGCCCGCAGGAGGCGGGCUCAGCGCAUCCCGGCGCCACCGAGGCCACUGCUUCUACCGGGGCACGGUAGACGGCAGCCCUCGUUCCCUGGCUGUCUUUGACCUCUGCGGGGGUCUCCACGGCUUCUUCGCGGUCAAGCACGCGCGGUACACCAUAAAGCCGCUAUUGCGCGGGCCGAGGGCCGAGGCAGACACCGUGCGCGUGUACGGAGAAGAGUCUGAGCGGAUCCCUCACGUCUACACCCGCGAGGGCUUCAGUUUCGAGGCCCUACCACCACGCGCCAGUUGCGAGACCCCAACACUCCGACCUGGGCCGCACGAGCGCCCCCCUGUGCACAACAGUCCGGGGCGACCCUCAGCCUUGGCUCCACAGCUCCCAGACCGGUCAGCGUUUUCGCCAGCUGGGGACCCAGGACCGCAGACCUGGUGGCGGCGAAGACGCCGCUCCAUCUCUCGGGCACGCCAGGUGGAGCUGCUGCUGGUGGCUGACGCGUCCAUGGCCAGGAUGUACGGCCGAGGCCUGCAGCAUUACCUGCUGACCCUGGCUUCCAUUGCCAACCGGCUGUACAGCCAUGCCAGCAUCGAGAACCACAUCCGCCUGGCUGUGGUGAAGGUGACGGUGCUGGGAGACAAAGACAAGAGUCUGGAGGUGAGCAAGAACGCGGCUACCACACUCAAGAACUUUUGCAAAUGGCAGCACCAGCACAACCAGCUGGGAGAUGACCAUGACGAGCACUACGAUGCCGCCAUCCUGUUCACUCGGGAGGAUUUGUGUGGGCAUCAUUCAUGUGACACCCUGGGAAUGGCAGACGUUGGGACCAUAUGUUCUCCGGAGCGCAGCUGUGCGGUGAUUGAGGAUGACGGUCUCCACGCAGCCUUCACUGUGGCUCACGAAAUUGGGCAUCUCCUUGGCCUAUCUCAUGAUGAUUCCAAAUUCUGUGAAGAGAAUUUUGGUUCAAUGGAGGAUAAACGCUUAAUGUCUUCCAUCCUAACCAGCAUUGAUGCUUCCAAACCCUGGUCGAAAUGCACUUCAGCCACUAUGACUGAAUUUUUGGAUGAUGGCCAUGGUAACUGCUUGCUAGACUUGCCGCGGAAGCAGAUCCUGGGCCCGGAGGAACUUCCAGGACAGACGUACGAUGCCACGCAGCAGUGCAACCUGACAUUCGGUCCUGAAUACUCCGUGUGUCCCGGCAUGGAUGUGUGCGCCCGGCUCUGGUGCGCCGUGGUGCGCCAGGGCCAGAUGGUGUGUCUGACCAAGAAGCUGCCGGCUGUGGAAGGGACCCCCUGCGGGAAGGGGAGAAUCUGCCUGCAGGGCAAGUGCGUGGACAAAACCAAGAAGAAAUACUAUUCAACAUCAAGCCAUGGCAACUGGGGCCCUUGGGGGCCCUGGGGCCAGUGCUCUCGCUCAUGUGGGGGUGGAGUACAGUUUGCCUAUCGCCAUUGCAAUAACCCUGCACCCAGGAACAGUGGCCGCUACUGCACAGGGAAGAGGGCUAUCUACCGAUCCUGCAAUGUCGCGCCCUGCCCACCCAACGGUAAAUCUUUUCGGCAUGAGCAGUGUGAGGCUAAAAAUGGCUAUCAGUCAGAUGCUAAAGGAGUCAAAACGUUUGUGGAGUGGGUGCCCAAGUACGCUGGCGUCCUGCCGGGCGACGUGUGCAAGCUGACCUGCAGAGCGCGGGGCACAGGCUACUAUGUGGUCUUCUCUCCAAAGGUGACUGAUGGGACCGAGUGCAGACCUUACAGUAAUUCCGUCUGUGUGCGAGGGAGAUGUGUGCGCACGGGCUGCGAUGGAAUCAUUGGGUCAAAGCUGCAAUAUGACAAAUGUGGAGUAUGUGGAGGUGACAACUCCAGUUGUACAAAGGUUAUUGGGACCUUCAAUAAGAAAAGCAAGGGUUACACUGACGUUGUGAGGAUCCCUGAAGGGGCAACCCACAUAAAAGUCCGACAGUUCAAAGCCAAAGACCAGACUAGAUUCACUGCCUAUCUAGCCUUGAAAAAGAAAAAUGGUGAGUACCUUAUCAACGGGAAGUACAUGAUCUCCACGUCAGAGACCAUCAUCGACAUCAACGGCACAGUCAUGAACUACAGCGGCUGGAGCCACCGGGAUGACUUCCUGCAUGGGAUGGGCUACUCAGCCACGAAGGAAAUUCUAAUCGUACAGAUCCUUGCUACAGACCCCACUAAGGCGCUAGAUGUCCGCUACAGUUUUUUUGUUCCCAAGAAGUCCGGUCCAGCAGUAAACUCUCUCACUAGCCAUGGCAGCAAUAAAGUGGGAUUGCACACUUCACAGCUGCAGUGGGUGACAGGUCCAUGGCUGGCAUGUUCAAGGACCUGUGACACCGGCUGGCACACAAGGACGGUGCAGUGCCAGGAUGGCAACCGGAAGUUAGCAAAGGGUUGUCUUCUCUCUCAGAGGCCUUCUGCAUUUAAACAAUGCUUGCUGAAGAAAUGUUAGCCUGCAACUACGCUUUCAUGCACAAAGAAAACUGGAGGAUGUGUCAUGGAUACAGGUGUGCUGACCAAGAGGUCUACCCCAUGUACAGAACAUCACCCUCACACGUCAGCAUCACUGUCACCAAGAGUCACAUUAUGGGCAGAAUCUGCUCUCCAUGACCAAAAGAUGUGUGCACUGCUUCGUGUGACAAUGGUGACCUUGAACUAUUAAAAAAAAAAUAACUUGGGAGUUAUUUAACAAUCCCUGGGCCUGCGAGAACAAAAAGUAAAGAAAACAUUAAUGAAUGUAGAAUUAGGGGACAUUUGAAGGUAGCAGAACAGUAUCCCCUUUGUCACCUACCUCUUAUAGAAUGUCUUCAAAGGCAUUAUUAUCAAUUUCACCCAUAAUACGCAGUAGCUUGUUUUUACUGUUUGUAAGUGCAUUUUUCCUUGGUAUGUCACUUUAUAUCACUUGGUUCUAUUUAUAUAUGUGUGUUUGAGUGUGUGUGUGUGUGUGAUUGUGUAUGGAUGAGUGUGUGUGUGUGUUUCUAUCAAAAAGUGUUUGACCAAAGUAGGUCUGCAGCUAUUUCAGUUCCCAGUUUCCAGAAAGAGCUGUGGAUAUUUUACUGGAAAUUUAAAACUUGCUGCUGUUUUAAUAAGAUUUAGUAUAUUUUCUGAUUACAAGAGACAAAAUAUAUUCAAAAAUCAUUUUAACAGCAAGCAUUAUAUGAACAAUUCUGAAAAGAAAAACAAAUC